AUGCCGGUCAUCCUGAGCAUAAUUGAGACCAUUAUGCCUAAAAAUAUCACUUAUGGAGGCGAAACCCCAGAAUUUCCUUCCAUCGAGAUUCGGCCGGAGCGGGUGCGAGAGGAGAUGCUGCGCCUACCCCAAACCCGGAGGGGCCCGAUAAGCGGGAAACUCGGGCAGCCGAACCAUCAGAGUCGCGCCGCGGAGACUCAUAUUGACGGGAUCUCCCGUCCCGGCCGAAUCGACCCUUGA